ACUAAGACGCCGAGGGAAGGAGAGAACCAGACCGGAGGGGACCCGUCUGAGGUCCAGACUCAGGAUGACCACCGGCUUCAGCUCCAGUUCCGUCCGCUUCGCAGAUUACUUCGUGAUUUGCGGACUCGACACAGAAAGCGGUCUGGAACCAGACGAGCUCUCUGCUCUAUGCGAGUAUAUAAAGGCCUCUAGACACAGAGAUGGUGCCAGAGGAGAGAGCUUGGGUGCAGAUGAAGGGGAGAACUUUGAGCAGAGUCCCCUGAGGAGAACCUUUAAGUCGAAGGUUCUGGCCCACUACCCUGAGAAUGUGGAGUGGAACCCCUUCGACCAGGAUGCUGUUGGCAUGCUCUGCAUGCCGAAGGGCUUGUUCUUCCGCACGCAGCAGGAGGUCUGUGAACCGCAGUUCCACACCUUCAUCAUCACGCGUGAGGACGGCUCGCGCUCCUACGGCUUCGCCCUGACCUUCUUCGAGGAGGUUCGCUCGGCGCAGAUCUGCAGCGCCAUGCAGACGCUCUACCACAUGCACAACGCCGCGCAGUACCACAUCACCCAGCAGGCCCCGCCCCCGGCCACGCCCCCGGCCCCGCCCGAGCGCCCCGGCCCCUCCCGCCUGCAGCGCUUCAACUCCUAUGACAUUACGCGCGACACGCUCUACGUCUCCAAGUGCAUCUGUCUGCUGGCUCCGCUGGCCUUCCAGUCCGCCUGUCAGAAGGUUCUGGAACAGCUGCACCGCGCCGCCACCUCCCCGCAGCCCCCGCCCCUGCCCCUGGAGAGCUACGUCUACAACGUGCUGUACGAGGUGCCGCUGCCCCCUGCUGGCCGCUCGCUGCGCUUCAGCGGCAUCUACGCGCCUGUGGUGUGCCAGAGGCCCAGCACUGCGGAGCUGCCGCUCUUCGACUUCCCCCUGGCCGAAGUCUUCCUCCUGCUGGGCGCCGACAACGUGCUGCAGCUCUUCACCUGCGCCCUGCUCGAGAUUCAGAUCCUGCUCUACUCCCAGCACUACCAGCGGCUGAUGACGGUGGCAGAGAGCAUCACGGCGCUCAUGUUCCCCUUCCAGUGGCAGCACGUGUACGUGCCCAUCCUCCCCGCCUCCCUCAUGCACUUCCUGGACGCCCCCGUCCCCUACCUCAUGGGCCUGCAGUCCAACGGCUCACAGGACCGCUCGAAACUAGAGCUACCGCAGGAGGCUAACCUGUGCUUCGUGGACAUUGAUAAUCACUUCAUUGAGCUGCCGGAGGACCUACCUCAGUUCCCUCAGCGGGGGGAGUUUCUGCGGGAACUGACUGAGGCGCUGCAACGCUUCAACCUGCCACCGGAGGGCAGCGCCACGCCACACCCGCACAGGCCACGCCCACGCUGCCACGAUGACAAGCGCAAUGGCAAUGUGGGCGUGGCUGCUCUGGACUCCGCCCUGCUGCGAGAGAAUGCCACCAUCGCACGUCUGCAGGCGCUUGUCAAGAAGACCGGCAUCAGUCUGGAGAAGGUGCAGGUGGACAGUAAAGAGGAGGUGUGUGACAGUAAGGACGCGAGGCUGCAGUGUAACGCUGAGGAGUGGUGGACGCAGCGUAUGAACAUCCAGGUGCGCGAGGUCUUCGCCAACCGCUUCGCCCAGAUGUUCGCUGACUACGAGGUCUUUGUCAUCCAGCCCAGCCAGGACAAGGAGGCCUGGUUCUCCAACCGAGACCAGAUGCAGAACUUUGACAAGGCAUCCUUCCUGUCGGACCAGCCGGAGCCAUCCCUCCCCUUCCUGUCUCGGUUCCUGGAGACGCAGACGUUCGCCUCCUUCAUCGACUCCAAGAUCCUUCACCAUGACGACGAGGAACAUGCACACACCCUGCGCUUGUUUGACAUGCGCGUGGACAGGGUCCGCAUGCUGAACGUGCGCACGCCGACGCUGCGCUCCGAGCUCUACCAGAGAGCCACACACAUCGAGGACGCAGAGAGAGCCAUUGAGGCUCGUCUGAGGAAGAUAGACCACACAGCGCUGCACCCUCACCUGCUGGACAUGAAGAUCGGCCAGGGGCGCUACCAGCCCGGCUUCUUCCCACGCCUACAGGCAGACGUGCUGUCCAGCGGCCCCAGCAGCAACAAAUGGGCAAAGCGAAGUGCUCCUGCUCAAUGGAGGAGGCGUGACCGUCAGAAGCAGCAUGCGGAGCAUCUCUACCUGGACAAUGACCAGCGAGAGAAGUACAUUCAGGAAGCCAGAAACCUGGGCACCACCAUUCGCCAGCCCAAACUGUCCAACCUGUCGCCGUCGGUGAUCGCCCAGACCAACUGGAAGUUCGUGGAGGGUCUGCUGAAGGAAUGCAGGACUAAGACCAAACGUAUGCUGGUGGAGAAGAUGGGCCGUGAGGCGGUGGAGUUGGGUCACGGGGAAGGCAGCAUCACUGGUGUGGAGGAGAACACCCUCAUCGCCAGCCUGUGUGAUCUACUGGAGAGGAUAUGGAGCCAUGGACUACAGGUCAAACAGGGGAAAUCUGCCCUCUGGUCUCACCUGCUUCAUUAUCAGGAGAGUAAAGAGAAGAAGGACACUCCUAGCAGCCUGGGCCCUCCUGGUUUCAUUCAGGAGCAGGGGAGGCGUAAGUCUGACGUUGGUUGCAUCCUCCCCGUCCUCAGAGUCUCUCUCAUUCAAGACAUGAGGCAUGUCCAGAACAUGUGUGAGAUUAAGACCGAGGUGGGCAGAGCGAGGGCGUGGGUUCGUCUCAGCAUGGAGAAGAAGCUGCUCUCCACUCACCUGAAGAUGCUGCUGUCCGACCACGAGCUCACCAAGAAGCUGUAUAAGCGCUAUGCGUUUCUGCGCUGUGACGAUGAGAAGGAGCAGUUCCUUUACCACCUGCUGUCCUUCAAUGCUGUGGACUACUUCUGUUUCACCAACGUCUUCACAACCAUCAUGAUUCCGUACCACGUGUGGGUGAGUUCCGGUAAGAAGCUGGGCGGCUCCAUGUUCACUGCCAAUCCCUGGGUGUGUGUGUCAGGGGAGCUCGCUGAGACGGGCGUCCUGCAGCUGCCCAAGAACACACUGGAGAUCACGUUUGAGUGCCAGAACCUGGGCCGUCUCACCACUGUUCAAAUGGGUCAUGACAACUCAGGUCUCUACGCCAAGUGGCUGGUGGAGAGCGUGAUGGUACGCAACGAGAUCACUGGACACACCUACAGGUUUCCCUGUGGUCGCUGGCUGGGUAAGGGGGUUGAUGAUGGCAGUUUGGAGCGUAUCCUGGUGGGGGAGCUGUUGAGCAUCGAGACUGAGGAGCGCCUGAGUCGCACACCACCGAUGCAGCCUUCACCAGGAAUGAUGCGCCGUCUAGUGGCCAUCUCGCCUAAUAGCAAGCCGAAACUGAAUACAGGUCAAAUCCAGGAGGGAGUUGGGGAGGCUAUCAAUGGAAUAGUGAAGCAUUUCCACAAGCCGGAGAAAGAGAGGGGUAGUCUGACUCUGUUGCUGUGUGGUGAGUAUGGACUGGUCUGGGCUCUGGAACAGGUGUUUCUGCACAGCUUCAAGUCCCCACGACUCUUCAAGAACAUCUUCAUCUGGGACUUCUUAGAGAAGGCCCAGGCGUACUUUGAGAGUGUGGAGCAGCAGGGCCAGCAGCAGGAUGAGAACUGGCUGUGCCGCGUACGACUUUUCUGCCGUGUCAUGCGCGCCAUCAGUGUCUCCCCCAGAAACAUUGGCAAAGACGGAAAGUUCCAGAUGCUUGUGUGCCUGGGAGCUCGGGACCACCUGCUCCACCAUUGGAUUGCUCUUCUGGCUGAGUGUCCAAUCACAGCUCAGAUGUAUGAAGACUCUGCCAUGCUGAAGGAUCAUUCUCUGGUCAACUCUCUGAUCCGAGUGCUGCAGACUCUACAGGAGUUCAACAUCACACUGGAGGCGUCACUCGUCAAGGGUGUUGGCCUCUGAGAUAGGCACACACACACACACACGCACACGCGCACACACACACACACACACACACACACGCACACACACAACAUUCCAAACUCAUACAUAAUGUCACACCUUUGUGGGACCAGAGAACUAUUUCCUACUUUUGUGGAAAGGGACCUGAACCUGAAGCCUGACGGCUUAUUCUGAACCUGAAGUUCGGCUUAUUCUGAAGCUGCCGUCAUGUUUGCCAUAUAUUGAGCGCUAUGAGCCUUCUCAAACGUGUCCAGUUUUUUUAUUCUAAAGCUGUGGCCAUUCUAUUGAAAACAUUUUCUAUGUCACCCAGAAAUUCUCCAGAACUCAACGCAGGUUUCUGCGGUCCACAUGUGCAGAUGUUCCAAAAGGCGAAUAGUUGUUUUGUUUUGUGAACUGCUGAUAUGUCCUGUAUUUAAACGGAGAACCAGGGAGAUGACGAAGAUGGAGAUGACGUGUUAAUAUAUUUUCAGAGAAAAUCAGUAUUAUUUUGAUAUGCCUGUCAGGUUGCUUGCUGUGAGUUCAGUGUCAUUCAGUAAGUCGUCAUAGGAAGCGAAGCUGAUGGGGUAAUAAUGCUUCAGAAAUGAAGUGUGUUUUUAAGGAUACAUCAGAGAUUAAGUGUGCUCUUUAAGGAUACAUAAAAAACGAAGUGUGCUUUUUAAGGCUACAUCAGAGAUUAAGUGUGCUUUUUAAGGAUACAUAAGAAAUGAAGUGUGCUUUUUUCAAGGAUACAUCAGAGACUAAGUGUGCUUCUGUGUGAACAAAAUUAAACUGAUCUCAAAUGCA